AUGUCGCAGUCUGCCAUCACCACCAACAGCCUCCGCGCUUCGCCAAACGAGUCCGGGACAGGGCUGAUGGAACAAGUGGCUUAUGCAUGCCGCGAGUACCAGAUCGCCUCGCCCUCAUUCCAAAUCGUCUCAGACAGAAGAGGUGGUCGCACAGCCUGGUCGAGCCGCGUGACCGUCAACGGCGCGAUCCACCAGGCCAGGUUCUGGUACGAUGGCAAGAACCUCAACAACGCCAAGGAGGACGCGGCCGAGGUCGCGCUCAGCUUCAUCUCCAUGGCGGCGUCCCCUUCGGCGUCGAGGAGGUGGUAA